CCCGACUCUACUUUCUCGUCACCACCGCCCGCCCUUUCUCUUUAUACUUUAUUCCCAGGCAAUUGCGCCUUUCUUUCACUUCCUCUUCAACCGACAUAAUGUUCCGUUCCGCUGUUGUCCGCUCUUUGAGGGCCUCCGUGCCUCGUGCCGUCAGGGCCCCGGCUACCUUCCAGAUCCGCAGCGCUCCUGCCGCUCAAUUCGCUCCUCGUUUUGCCUACCAGGGCGUCCGUCUUUACUCCGCUCCUGCCGGUCUUGACAAGAAGGAAGCUGAGGGUCGGAUAGUCAACCUCCUGAAGAACUUUGACAAAGUUUCCGAUGCCAGCAAGAUCAACGGCUCCUCCCACUUCGCAAACGACCUUGGACUUGACAGCUUGGAUACUGUUGAGGUUGUGAUGGCCAUUGAGGAGGAAUUCAGCAUUGAAAUCCCCGACAAGGAUGCCGAUGCCAUUCACAGUGUUGACAAGGCUGUUGAGUACAUCCUUGCUCAGCCCGAUGCCCACUAAAUUAUGUAAUACGAAGGUCUGAAUGAUUUUGCGGGUUAGAUAGAAAACAAGGGGAUGGUGGCGUGCAUCUACAUGGGGUCUCAGCGUGGAAACGCUACUUGUAUGCUGAUACAUGCCAGUGUUGUUUCACCCUACUAUAUCGUGUAUAUCAUCUUGAAUGCAGUUUGAUUGAUUACUUCUGGAGUGGGUUGCUACUGGGUCUCUGGUUGACCUCGUUAUGCGCCAGUAUUCUGAUACCAACCGCCCUAGCAUGUAGGAUUAGUAUUAUAUGGUCGGUGGUCGAAUUGACGCGGGUCUCAAGAUGCAUUGAACAUGUUGUAUAUACCGUCUUGAAAUUAAGACGAUUUAAGGGAGGCUCUGAAACCGGGUUGCUUUGACAACCUUCACAGAGGAUGACGUGGAGCGGAACAAGUCGACAAGAACAAAAUAAAACAUUAAGUUAAGGCAUAUAUAAAAGGAUAGGAAAGAAAGCCUCUAGUGCAAUGGUCUUCUCUUUAUAUGUGUCAUGGUUUAUUCAAUGGGAGAAUAUUUGCGCGCGCACGCGCGAGAGAGAGAGAAUGCUUUCUAUAGAGAUUGGACUAUUUAUGGGUCUCUCCAGUUAGAUAAAUUAUGACAUGUUUUUUGUGGUCCGUCACCGGAGAAGCAUUGACGCUAAGGGAGGAACAAAAGUUGGAAUGGG